AUGCCUGCUCCGACCCAAGCACCGACGGUGCCCCUGCACCGAAUCCGAUUCUUCGACCACACCCCGUCACCCAUCACCGCCCUCUCCUUCGCCCCCAUUCCUCUGCCGCCGGCUCGUGACCCGUCCGCCGCCCCAACCAGCACCAAGGGCAAGGCUCGCGAGGACGGCAACCCCGAGCUCGGUGUCCUCGUUGUUGCUCGUGAGAAUGGAGAAGUUGAGAUCUGGCAGUAUGUGCCCGCCGACGAGGGUGGCAUGGGCAACUGGGUGCUCUCCAAGAACUUCCACGAGAAGUCUUACAGCGUCCCCCGCGUUGAGGACUUGCGCCUCUUCACUGCCGGCUCUGACUCCAACGAGCUCACUGAGCGCUGCCUCGAGACUGGCCGUGUCCUGCAGACGUACCCGAUCCCCUCGCCGCCGCUGUGGUCGCUCUCCGUCUCGCCGACGCACCAGCUUCUGUGUCUCACGACCAACUCCCCCAACCUUCACUUCGUCUCCAUCCCUCCCCCUCUUCUCGGCAACACUGCCACGCCGGUCGAGCCCGCCCCGGCGCACCUCCUCCGUUCGGACGCCCUCCCGAGUCGCACCCGCACUGUCUCGGUUGCUUGGGGUAUCCCGAAGCUUGUCGAGGGCGAGGACGGGUGGACGUGGCGCGACAGCUACCUCAUCACCGGAAACUCGGACUCGUCCUUCCGCCGUUGGGAUCUCCCUCCGCCCAGUGCCGCCGGAACACCAUCGGGCCGUGUUACGCUCAAGUCGAGGGCCGUUGUGGAGAAGGUCAGCAAGGGCAAGAAGGCGGGACAGAAGGGCACUAUUGUGUGGGGUGUCGGUGUUCUUCCGGAUGGCACCAUCGUGACGUCCGAUUCGCUCGGAAGCGUGACCUUCUGGGACCCGUCGAGCAUGGCGCAGCGCCAGUCAUUCCGCAGCCACAAGGCCGACGGCAUGUGCCUCGUCAUCGGCCCCGGUGGCCGCACCGUCUUCACCUCCGGCCCCGACCAGCGCGUGUGCCAGUUCACGGCCGUGCCGCAGCAGAAGGGUGGCGUGCAGUGGGCACUCACCUCGACGAAGCGGGUACACAGCCACGAUGUCCGUGCGCUCGCCAUCUUCCCUCCUUACGUCCCCCUGGCCGCCAACACGAAGAUCCCGCCGACGCCCAUCAACCCCGGUCUUGCGCCCAUCCUCGCCUCGGGCGGGUGGGACAUGGCGCCCGUGCUGACCUCUGCCGCGCCCGCGGACAUCAUGGCGGACAAGCUGAAGAACCCGCUUGCGAAGAACAAGAACCGCCAGCGCGUCACCUUUGAGGAGGCGUACUCGCGCAAGCUGUCUGCAUUCGGUGGCGAGCGCGGUGCGUCCCGCAUCAGCGUUGCGCGGGAGGCCCGCCUCGUGCUUGGACGCAAGGACCGGAGCGUCGGCGUCUGGCGCGUGCUCGAGGACGAAGGGGGAUGGGAGAAGGUGCUCGAGAUGGAGCUCAAGCUGCGCACGAACCUGAUCUCGUCCUCGAUCUCGGAGGACGGGCAGUGGCUGGCCGUGUCGGACCUGUACGAGACCAAGCUCUUCCGUCUCCUCGACACGGGCUCCGCCGUGCGCCCGCACCGUAUCCGCUCGUUCGCGACUGACCUCGCCUCCGCCCCCGAGCUGAAGGAGCUCAAGCUGGGUCAGAAGGGGUGUGGCGCGAGUGCGCUGCUCUUCACGCCCGACUCGGGCCGGCUCGUUAUGGCGCUCGCGGCGAGCGCGAACGUCGUCGUCCUCGAGCUCCCCGAGGUGAACGAGGGGGACGAGGUCGAGGUCGCCCGCGUCUUCCCACCGCAGCACAAGCUGGAGGGCGGGCGCUCGAUCCGCAGGCGGCGGCGGCAGAAGGCGGCCCACCGCCUCGACAUGGAUGUGGAGAUGGACUCGUCCUCCGGCAGCGAGAGCGAGGAGGAGGACAAGGGGCCCGAGACCCAGCCGUGGGUGACGGGCCUCUCCUGUUCGCUCGACGGGCAAUACCUCGCCACGUCCGACACGGGCGGCAAGGUCACGGUCUUCAACCUGGACACGAUGAGUCUGCACGCGCUGCUCCCGACGCUGCCGCAGGCGCCCAUCGCGCUGGCGUUUGCCCCGACGCACCCCCUGCUGCUCCUCGUGCACCCCUCGAACAGCGUGGGCUUCUACGACCUCGAGGCCCGCCGCCUCCUCCCGCCCUCGCACCAGGUGGUCGUGCUGAACCAGACCCUGCGCGGCCUGCACGCGUCAGUGCAGGGCGCGGCGUUCGAGCCCUCCCGCUCCACGCCGCGUGCCGCCAAGCUGGCGCUGUUCGCGCACGACUGGCUCGCCACGGCGCGUAUUGACCUCGACCUCGUCGCCCGUGCCCGCGAACCGGGGGCGCUGACGAGCAAGGCGCUGCGGAGGAAACGCGCCCGCGAAGCGCGCGAGGCCCUCGAGGCCUCGUCCGCCAGUCCGUCCGUGACAACCGGCAGCGUCGCGAGCGACAUGCCGCUCUCUGUUGUCCCGCAGCCGAUCCGCUCCAAGGGCGUCAGCUCGGCCAAUGACGCCGACUUUGUCAAGGUCGCCACCGACCGCUUCCGCGCUAUCGUGGAUGUGGACUGGCUCGGGGAGGGAGAACUCAUGCUCGUGGAGAGGCCUUAUGCCGACUAUGUGGGCGAAUUGCCGCCUGCGUUCUGGACCGGCAGCUACGGAAAGGCGUAG